ACUUUUUUCGUGUCCCUAAUUAUUAUCACAACACGGUACUGCAGAACGCUAAUUUUGAUUUCAUUUAAAAUUUAAUUGAUCUACGAGAAUGAGUGCUAAAUCAGAUGAACAAUUAAAGGAAAAAAUAUUAAAUGUUGCAAAAAAGAAUCCAAAGGGCAUAUCAAAUAAAGACCUAACAGCUGCUUUACCUGAAGUAUCCUCUUCUGAACUCGUACCAGCAAUAAAUGAACUCUUACAGCAAGAAUGUUUCGACUUAUUCAAUCAAAACGGUGUCUUAAUCUAUAGGUUAAAAGCUCAAACAAGUAAGCAAGCAGUAAAAGGAGCUGACAAUGAAGAAAAAGUUGUAUUUAACCUAAUAGAGGAGGCAGGCAACAAGGGUAUAUGGAUAAGAGAUAUCAGAGUGCGAUCUAACCUGGCUAACACACAGUUGACUAAAGUAUUAAAGAAUCUUGAAAGCAAGAAACUUAUUAAAGCUGUCAAAUGUGUUAAUGCUUCUAAGAAAAAGGUGUACAUGCUCUACAAUUUAGAACCAGAUAGAUCUAUAUCAGGAGGAGCAUGGUAUCAAGAUCAAGACUUUGAGUCAGAAUUUGUGGACAUUCUGAAUGUUCAGUGUCACAGGUUUUUAAGCCAGAGGUCAGACAAAAUAAAAAACAAUCCUCGUGGGCCAAUCGUGGGCAGGACUCAGUCAUAUGCCACAGCUGCAGAAGUACAAAAGUAUAUUACAGACCUAGGAAUAAGUAAGGUUGAACUAGAUGUAGAAGAUGUAAUCACUAUUCUGAAUACCUUGGUCUAUGAUGGUAAGGCAGAGAGCAGUGUAUACCCUGAUGGGAGCAAGGUGUAUCGUGCUAUAGACCCUCUCAUACCUGCACCAGGGCUUGUACAGGUCCCUUGUGGUGUCUGUCCACUCAUCCACAGAUGUGCUUCCACAGGACUAAUAACACCACAAGAUUGUACUUACUUAAAAGAAUGGCUAGAAUAAUAAAAUACAAAAUAACAA